AUGCCACAGAGUGCAGAACUGAAAGACGUCUUGGAAGCAGGAGCCCUGCUGAUCUAUUCUGAGCGAUCGUCCCCCACGCCAGCGGCGAAAAUCGAGGACGUGUUGAGCUCCCGAAUCUCGCAGUACCGCUCUCGCCUCGGGCUCCCCGAGCGAGAAGGCGCUCUCCGCUCGCUCGAAGACAUCCAACUUGAAACGGCGCAAGAAGCCCUCUCCGUCGUCGAGCGCGUCCAACAGAUCCUCGAUGCGGAUGCCCGGCUCGACACCCAGGCGCCGUCAACCUCUACGCACAGACGAUACAAGGAAGAUACACCGGGAGAGGUCCCCGUCAUCGGGACGCGCGACAUCUCACAGCUGCGCACCCUCCUCUCUAUCGCGUUCAAAUGGGGCCUCGAGCCUAUCCUCGAGCGCGUCCAGUCCGCGUGGCCGAGCAAGCCCUCCGCGCGUGCAUACAGGGGGCCGCGGAUCGUCAACCUUUCGAACACGCAAGAGGACCACGCGCGCCUAGCGAUGAUGACGAAGCGCCUGUUGGGCCUUCUGUUUCCGCGCGGGGUGCACGGGGAGCUGCCGCAGACGCUCAUCACGUCGACGCUGCUAGGAAGACACGUCACGGGCACUUUGAGACUGGGGAUCGCGCUGGGCUGGGUGCCCAAGUCACUGGCGUCUGUGGGGACGCCUGUCAUCGACGAGCUCAGGCCUCUUAUAAUGCGGCUGUUGUCUAUACUCCCGCCAUCCCAGACCAUCGCGUCUCUAGGCAUAAUUCUAUCAAGUCCGACAUCACUCGCGCCACACGUCCAAAAAGCUUGCGCGUCGCUUCUAAGUCGGCAACUCCUUCGUCCGGACGGGGUUCGCGGCCUCUGUGCUGCGGUAUUUGGCGAAGGCGAGUCAGCAGAAGAUAAUGCCCCCUUGGAAAAGCUCGAGCACAUCGCGCGCGUCCUCAGCGCCGUCCCUUCCACUGUCAAGCCAGAGGUUCGUCCAAACAUCCCGCCCGCCUACAAACGUGCAGCGGCCUUCUCUCUUUCGCGCAUGGUCCUCACGGACGCGGCCUCACCCAACCCUACCAUCGCAUCCCGAGUCUUAUUACCUAUCUUACACGGACCAUUUUUGAAGCUCACCCCUGACCUGUUCUCAGAGCCCAACUCACCUGCUAUAACGCCCAUCUCAUGUCUGCAGCUCAUACAGACCUUCCUGACGAACACGGAUCCUUCUCCAACCCUGAUCUCCAUGCUGAUCUCGCCCAUAGCCCCGUCUCUGUACUCCCUUCUGAGCACGCUAGAACGUACGAAAACGGCAGACCCCGCACUCAGGGAAGCCGUUCGAGGGCUUCUAGUCACAUGGGGCCGCAUCAUCGAGGCGCAAGAGGGUGUGGCGAUCCUGUGGGCGUGCGUGGAAGAUCAAGGCGGGCAAUGGUCUGUCGACAUCGCGGGAGAGCUGAAGAAAGUCGAGAAACUGGAAGAAGUUUCACCCAUCGCACUCUUUACUCCAGAAGAUCUGAGACGCGCAGAGGAGAACGGAGAACUAGAUCCUGACGCGAAUCUCCUCGACCUGCGCCCAGACCCUGCUCACUUUGUACGGUAUAUCAAGUCCCUGGAUCGAGUAGAUCUCUCGUCCGAAUUCUUUGUGCGGCUCCUGGUAGCCUAUCGCGAGAUCAAGGCGGAGCGAGACGGGGACCCGAUGCGGACACUGCUGUACUUGCAGCUAAUCCUGCAGAUCCAGACUCACAUGUCGUCAGAAGGAUACGCGUCUGGAAAUAUAUUCAGCAAACCGGAACAUAUCUUGUCGUUCGUCAAGCACGCCCUUGAUGCUGGGACAGCUGCGCCUCCUCAGCCAAGUCAUUCGCGUUCAGUGAAGAAACUGGGUCUGACGAUGGACGAUCUCAGGAUUGUUGAUGAAGAUGAGGUGGACGAUUUUGGAGAUGGUGGAGAUAGCGACGACGAGACGCCUGGGUUGGAAGGGGUACCACCAGACGAGGAGAUGACUGCCACUGCAAUGAAUCUUUUACUCUCUAUACUCGAAGCCAAUCCCGACCUUUCCGCGAGCACUUCACCCAUCUUGGCAGACAUCCUAGUCCACGUCGAAGAGCUCUCAAAACAUCCUUCGGAGGCUCUCCGUCCGCUCGCCCGCGAAGCGCGGAUGGUGUUGACGGCCAGACUGGCGUCCACUUCAACGGCUUCGCCUUCCAAGCAACGAUCAAAAUCAGACGAUUCAGUCCAAAAUACGCAAGAGACGUACCAAAAAGCGCUGAAGCUCCUGCAAGACCCCAUUCUCCCCGUCCGCGCGCACGGUCUGCUCCUUCUGCGUCAACUCGUGGCCCCUGCCCGCACGUCAUCCAUUCGACACAAACCCUCUGCAGAUAUCCUCCCACUCGUUCCCGCCAUCCUAGAUAUCUUCCUGCAGUCCGUUCAGGAUGACGACUCGUACGUCUUCCUGAAUGCCGUCCAAGGACUAGCCGCGCUCGUGGACGGCUUUGGCUCGGAGGUCCUCCGCUCUCUCGUGCGCGUGUACACAGAGGGCCUCCAAGCAACCAGCGCAAGCGCCAGCAUGUUGACACAAGCAGAAGUGGACACCAGGCUACGUGUGGGAGAGGCGCUCGGUCAAGUGAUCAGAAAGUGUGGCGACGCCCUACCCAUCUAUGCGGAUGCCUUGAUCCCACCCCUGUUCGCGGCCGUGAGAGCGUCUCACCUCCCCACCGUGCUGCGCGCGUCUUCUCUGUCCCUUUUGGCACAGUGCGCUGAAACGUGCGACCUCGCCCUCAUGCCGUACGGCGCGGACCUGGCGGAAGCAAUGCUGGACUUGUUGCAGCUCGAAAGCGUGCGAGCAGCGCCGAACGCGCGCGCCCCACCACGCGCGCGGGAGGCAGACACGGAAACGCAAGGAUCAGCGAUAAACGAUCCUCGGCCCGUCCCAAAUGAAUCCUUGGACAGCCGCCCCUCCUCCCGCAACUCCAAGUAUCCCCCUUUGCGCCGUGCCGCGCUGCAUUUUCUCGCGCUGCUGGCUCGCGCUUACACGAUCCACAUCUUCGACGAUGAUGUGUUGAGUUUCAGUCCAGGAUCAGAGUUCCCUGUGAGCCGAGCCAAGGGAACGCUCGGCUAUGUUGCGGUUACGGACGUUGAUGAUGUAACAAGGGUUAUGGCGAGGGAAGUGGGGGAAGCUGUGGUCGAUCUCGAGAGAGCUAUCGCCGGGGUCUGA